AUGGAGGAGGUGAUGGAGGAGGUGAUGGAGGAGGUGAUGGAGGAGGGGAUGGAGGAGGUGAUGGAGGAGGUGAUGGAGGAGGUGAUGGAGGAGAGCCGUGCCUCCUUCUGGUCCCUCAGAGCCGUGUCUCGUCCUGAUCCCUCAGAGCCGUGUCUUGUCCUGGUCCCUCAGAGCUGUGUCUCCUCCUGGUCCCUCAGAGCCGUGUCUCGUCCUGGUCCCUCAGAGCCGUGUCUCGUCCUGGUCCCUCAGAGCUGUGUCUCCUCCUGGUCCCUCAGAGCCGUGUCUCGUCCUGGUCCCUCAGAGCCGUGUCUCGUCCUGGUCCCUCAGAGCUGUGUCUCCUCCUGGUCCCUCAGAGCCGUGUCUCGUCCUGGUCCCUCAGAGCCGUGUCUCGUCCUGGUCCCUCAGAGCUGUGUCUCCUCCUGGUCCCUCAGAGCCGUGUCUCGUCCUGGUCCCUCAGAGCUGUGUCUCGUCCUGGUCCCUCAGAGCCGUGUCUCGUCCUGGUCCCUCAGAGCUGUGUCUCCUGCUGGUGUCUUCUCCUGGUCCCUCAGAGCUGUGCCUCCUUCUGGUCCCUCAGAGCCGUGUCUCGUCCUGAUCCCUCAGAGCCGUGUCUUGUCCUGGUCCCUCAGAGCUGUGUCUCCUGCUGGUCCCUCAGAGCCGUGUCUCGUCCUGGUCCCUCAGAGCCGUGUCUCGUCCUGGUCCCUCAGAGCUGUGUCUCCUCCUGGUCCCUCAGAGCCGUGUCUCGUCCUGGUCCCUCAGAGCCGUGUCUCGUCCUGGUCCCUCAGAGCCGUGUCUCGUCCUGGUCCCUCAGAGCCGUGUCUCGUCCUGGUCCCUCAGAGCCAUGUCUCGUCCUGGUCCCUCAGAGCCGUGUCUCGUCCUGGUCCCUCAGAGCUGUGUCUCGUCCUGGUCCCUCAGAGCUGUGUCUCCUGCUGGUGUCUUCUCCUGGUCCCUCAGAGCUGUGUCUCUUUCUGGUCCCUCAGAGCUGUGUCUCCUGCUGGUGUCUUCUCCUGGUCCCUCAGAGCUGUGUCUCUUUCUGGUCCCUCAGAGCUGUGUCUCCUCCUGGUCCCUCAGAGCCGUGUCUCGUCCUGGUCCCUCAGAGCUGUGUCUCCUGCUGGUGUCUUCUCCUGGUCCCUCAGAGCUGUGUCUCUUUCUGGUCCCUCAGAGCUGUGUCUCCUGCUGGUGUCUUCUCCUGGUCCCUCAGAGCUGUGUCUCUUUCUGGUCCCUCAGAGCUGUGUCUCCUCCUGGUCCCUCAGAGCCGUGUCUCGUCCUGGUCCCUCAAAGCCGUGUCUCGUCCUGGUCCCUCAGAGCCGUGUCUCGUCCUGGUCCCUCAGAGCCGUGUCUCGUCCUGGUCCCUCAGAGCUGUGUCUCCUCCUGGUCCCUCAGAGCCGUGUCUCGUCCUGGUCCCUCAGAGCCGUGUCUCGUCCUGGUCCCUCAGAGCUGUGUCUCGUCCUGGUCCCUCAGAGCUGUGUCUCGUCCUGGUCCCUCAGAGCUGUGUCUCCUGCUGGUGUCUUCUCCUGGUCCCUCAGAGCUGUGUCUCUUUCUGGUCCCUCAGAGCUGUGUCUCCUCCUGGUCCCUCAGAGCUGUGUCUCGUCCUGGUCCCUCAAAGCCGUGUCUCGUCCUGGUCCCUCAGAGCUGUGUCUCCUCCUGGUCCCUCAGAGCUGUGUCUCCUCCUGGUGUCUCCUCCUGGUCCCUCAGAGCUGUGUCUCCUCCUGGUGUCUCCUCCUGGUCGCUCAGAGCUGUGUCUCCUCCUGGUGUCUCAGAGCUGUGUCUCCUCCUGGUGUCUCCUCCUGGUCCCUCAGAGGUGUGUCUCCUCCUGGUCCCUCAGAGCUGUGUCUCCUCCUGGUGUCUCCUCCUGGUCCUUCAGAGCUGUGUCUCCUCCUGGUGUCUCCUCCUGGUCCCUGGUUGGAUAAGUCCAACAUGGCCGCUGCUGAGGGCGCACUGAGAGGACCCCUGACCCCUGCAGUGACCCCUGACCCCUGCAGUGACCCAUGA